CCUGCAUGAUAUUUUGGAGAUGCCCCGGACUGCCAGGUCGAGUUUAGGUCCGGGGAAACGUGUGCGGGUAGGGCCGUCUCGGUUGGGGGUACUUCGGCGUUGUUUGUUGUGAUGCGUGCCGGUGGGAGUAGCGAGGGCAGGUUGGAUCGUGAAAUAUCUAGUAGCAUCAUGCAGGCAUGUGAGUAUGCAAUGAGCUGCUACGCUGUUGGAAAUCCAGUCUGUGAUUUGAUAUAUAAAGCCAAGAUGAUCCUCCUUGGACUGUCGUUGUGAGGAACGUGACACGAGCAUCACUUCUGAGGACACUUGCCACAGGUUGGUAUCUUGAACGGUCAAACCCUUCACAAGACGACAGCAGCCUAUAUAACAUGAAGGCAUCCACAACUCUGGCAGUCGCCACCCUUGUCUCCUCUGUGUAUGGACAUGGAUAUCUGACGAUUCCGUCCAGCCGCACUCGCCUCGGUGCUGAGGCCGGCAUAGAUUCCUGCCCCGAGUGCACCAUCCGGGAGCCCGUCUCCGCAUGGCCGGAUCUGACGGCCGCCACCGUCGGCCGUAGCGGACCCUGCGGCUACAACGCUCGCGUCAGCGUCGAUUACAACCAGCCCGGAAGCAGCUGGGGUAGCAAUGUAGUCGCUACCUACACUCGCGGCCAGACCGUCGACGUCCAGUGGUGCGUCGAUAACAACGGCGAUCACGGCGGCAUGUUCAGCUACCGCAUCUGCCAGGACCAGUCCAUUGUCGACAAGUUCAUCACUCCCGGAUACCUCCCCACCGACGACGAGAAGCAGGCCGCCGAGAACUGCUUCCAGGCUGGCACGCUCAAGUGCACCGACGUCUCUGGACAAAGCUGCGACUACAGCCCUGACUGCACCUCCGGCCAGGCGUGCUGGCGGAACGACUGGUUCACUUGCAACGCGUUCCAGGCAAGCAGCCGACGCGGUUGCCAGGGCGUCGACAAUAACGCGCUGGGGUCGUGCUACACCUCCAUCGCCGGCGGCUACACCGUCACCAAGAAGAUCAAGAUCCCCGACUACGUCUCGAACCACACCCUGCUGUCGCUGCGCUGGAAUUCAUUCCAAACGGGUCAGGUGUACCUGACGUGCGCCGACAUCGCCAUCGGUGGAGGCGGCAGCACCUCGCCGUCCUCUACACGCACGACGAGCGCUGCAGCGACGGCUACGAGCGGCACUUGCGCCAUCGCCAGUAACGUGGCCGUCACGUUCAACGAGAUCGUCAAGACGGUCCCAGGCCAGACGAUCAAGGUCGCGGGCUCAAUUGCUGCGCUGGGCAACUGGAACGCGGCGUCAGCUCCGGCGCUUUCGGCGGCGCAGUACACCAGCUCGAACAACCUGUGGACCUACACUGUCUCGCUGCCGGCCGGAACGACCUUCGAGUACAAGUUCAUCAAUGUAGCGUCGGAUGGAACUGCGACGUGGGAGAGUGACCCGAACAGAUCCUACACUGUGCCCCAAAGCUGCUCCACUGCGGUGACGGUCAGUACCAGCUGGAAGUAGUAUCAAAGUGGUGUUUGUGGUUGAAGAACCUGAAGCAAGUCAGUACUUUAGUCAGCGCUUUGGAUUCACUGUACAUACUUCCAGUUGCUCGUAUUCAUGUUUUAUUCCCUUUUCUUAGCAGUGGAAAAUUGUAUAUAUGCGGUGACAGCUGAAGUAGACUGAACUCGAUCUUCCUAAUGAUCUUUGGAAGACCACGAAGAAUAUCGCAGUCAGUUCAUCGCGGGCUUCCAAGUUGCAUGGCCCAAUCAACAGGGAGGCUUACAGGAAACAAUUGAUGAGCUACACAUGUCUGAACCAAUAAUCCUAGCCCUAUUAAAUCUCGUUCCCCCGCUAUUCCGUCUGCUUAUCUGGCGCUGUAACGCUAUGAUGCUCAGCCC